AUGUCUAUCAUUUCGGAUAUAAUCAACGGGACUCUCAGUACGGAUCACUACAUGUCCACCUGGUGGCCAUGCAGCACCUCCUGCAACCAGUCCACCGUGGCCAGUAGGUGGCUUAAUCGUAUUCCACAUUCUCCUCUUUAUAAAGGCGCCUCCAUCUCCUUUCUUUUGUCACCGUUGCUCCCUGUCUUUGUCUCCCCCCUUUUCUUUGUGGCGCUCAACGCGUAUAUGAACCCGCCAUCGACAAUAAAGACCGCCAAAUUAAUAGCAAUCCCCCGCACACGACUUCAACGACGCUUUCCCAUUUCUCUUCCCUUCAAGUUUCCUUGGAAGAUGAACUCCCCACAUUUUCUCCAGCGUGUCAUGUCUUUAGGAGACGCCUCAAGAAUUCUCUACGACCAGGAGGACGAUGCCGAUUCGUCCACCGACGUUGACUCUUCGGACGAAGUCACGCUCAUAUCCCACGAGCCACUUCCACUCCUCCCAAAGCUAAACAAGUUUGAGGACCACCCACAGUUCUUGAAACCGCUGUACCCUACUCCAACCCGUCAACGCUCUUUUCCAGUAAAAAUUCAAACCCAUCAGGUUCAUCCACACCUCUCCCAACCUAACCUCCUCACUAACCCCUCGGUCAAGUCAAUCUACGCACGAAAAAUCCAACCCACCGCUCCCUCAAACCCGAACCCAACGCCCUCCACGUACACAGCUCCCCAAAACAGCCACCCCUCCGGCUCUCCCUGGCUUCCCUCCGCCUACCCGCGCAGUCCCGCCGAACCGCACUACCACAUCCUCCCUGACGACCUCUCAUCCCAAAACACGGCACUCUCCCCGCCUCCUUGGCAUCAGGGAGGGAAGGUGUCUUACGAACGUCUGGAUCAUACAUUUUGUCCGAUCCAUCACGCAGCUCAACCUUGUUGGUCAUGCGAUAGGGCUCGCAACGGCUAUGCCAAUGAGGAGUUGAGAUUUCCAUUUUGA